CUGACGACCAACCUGCUGUUCUUACUUUAACACCAAUGGCUGUGAGAGAAGGGGAAGACGUAGGCCUUGUUUGUUCGGUAUCCCAAGUGAAAGAUCCAGACGUUUCAUGGGGCUGGUUUUGUGGAAAACAAAGGCUUCCAAGCAACAGAGUAGAGCAAACUGGAUCCACGUCAAAAAUCAUUUUCCGAGCAGAGAUGAAUUAUCAUCAACAAUACUGUUACUGCAAACUAAACCAGUCGCUAUUUCAGUAUGUUGCGUACUCUGACGCGGAUGAUGCCACUCAGUGUCUUUCUCCUGUGAUAUUUGGUACAACCACCGGUAUUCUUCUAGCCAUCAUCGUUGCUCUCUCCACUGUUGUUGUCCUGCAGUGUUUGCGGAAGAGAAAAUACAGUAUACGAGAAUCAAGAUCAAACGACGAAAUGAGUCAUCGUAAUCCUGUAUAUACAAACGAACCUUACGAAGAAAUUCAAACGAACAGGGGAGUCGGACACAAAAGAAAUCGAGAGGAUUUUCCAAGCAAAUAACAGACUAGUAGUUGACGAUCAUACCUUUCUGUACAAUAUGAUUCUACCUAAAUACAUGUGGCUUGUAUCACUUUAAACGCCGUAUGUGUAAGUUAAGAAAGUAGUCUUGUUUGCUUUUCGACUUGUCAAAAUAUCAAAAGUACAUUUCAAUGAAUGUUUAUUAAAUCGAAGUGAAAAGAAAUUAAACUAUCAUAAAUUUCUUUUUUUUUUUCAUUUUUUUUUUACUGUUAUACAACUUGCUA